AUGAUCGUCCCGUCACUGAAACUCUUGAAAGCCACCAUGUCAACUGAUCCAACUCUAAAGAAGUUUGAAUUUCUGUGCAACAAAAAGAACCAAAGUUUCUUUGUUAAUAAAGCAGCAGUCAGCCUCUUUGGCCAACCCUUUGAUCAGCUUGAUCUUCUGACAACCGAGCUGGUAGCGAUUAGCAAGACUGAAUCCACUCCUUCAACAAUAAUCACUGGACACUCUAUGGGAGGCUGUGUAGCGAUGAUGUUCUCGUUUUGGUUGUUGAAAAGCCUGGACUCGUCAAAAAGCAAAUGCCUCCUUUGCAUAACCCAACAAUGUGUAUCAAAGUUCUUCACAUGGAAUUAUUGCUUCUUGCAUGGGUUUAUGAAGAAGAUGCUGAACUACUGGGAGGACUCUAUCAUAGAAGUAGAAGAUACGCCACAGAUAGAGGGAGCUCCUUUUCGAAUUCGUUGGCUUUAUGUUGGCACAAACUAUAGAAGGAUGAUCGAGCCAGUUUGCAUUGCAGACUACUACAAUGAAGGUUGAAAAGAUUAUAUAACUGGCGGUAAAAGACCAAGACAGUUCAUUCGGUUGGAGCAAUGGCUCAAGCUGAAACAAGAAGAAGACAAGAGGCAAAGAGGAAGAAGGAAAAUGAUGUGGAUGAGUCCUUUAUUGGAAAAGCUAGUGAGAGUGAUCAAAUCGAGAGUGGUGAGUUGA